UUUCGCAGGCUACCGCUCAUUGCCUUCCCUCUCCAUUGAUCCAUCCGUUCAUUUCAUUCCCUCCCCUGCGGCGGCCGUGUUAGUGUUACCGCUGCCCUGCGGAGGGCGGCGGCUGAGCUGAAGACUGAAGUGAAGACCGAAGUGAAGACCAUUUCUAGGCGAAGGAACUCGACUGGUGAAGUGAGCUGGGCUUGCGAUUGCAAGCGAAAAAGGCCAAGGGAGGGAGAGACUACAGAGAGAGAGAGAGAGAGAGAGAGAGAGAGAGAGAGAGGAUGAGCGGUCAGAAGCUUAAAGGGAUGAUAGCAGCGGCUGUGAGCAGUGGCGUCACGGAGGCGAGGGCGAGGAUAUUCCGGCAUAUGCUGAACCCGACAGGUCAAAGGUCUCCCCACAAGAUACUCCGUAAGAAGCUCAUCGGUGAGAAAGUCGCUCAGUGGUACCCCUAUGACAUCAACAAGGACGACCCCCUUGUCAUGGCCCGCCAAGAACAAGAGCGAUUAUCGAAACUUGAAAUGUUGAAGCGUCGUGGGAAGGGACCACCCAAGAAAGGCCAAGGGAAGCGCGCCACAAAACGUAGUAAAUAAACCUUUCUGGUAUUGGACCUCAGCAAAACCUCUCCAGGGACAUGGCUACUCAUGUUUGAUCUGUUUUGCGCACAUUUGUAUUUUUUCUUUUCUCUCCAAGCGAGUCUAGCUUGUGCCUCUGGUUAAAAGGAUGUUUUGGGCAUUGAGUCUCAUAUUUCAACAGGGUCUGCGGGAUUUAUUUCCUUUCCCUCUCAUUUUGUAUGAAUUUGCAGAAAAAAAAAAGGUGAGGCUAGACAGUAUAUUGUGGAUGUCCUUGACUUGGGCAAGGGGAGACUGUUGAUCAGUUUAUACAAUUACUUGUAGGGAUGAGGUUUGUGACCUUUUACCGCAUUACUCUUCUUGAAGAAGUUGCAGCUACAAUGAGAAGAAUAGAAUUUGCGAUGCA